UGUAAAUCUGGCCUCACAUGUGAUCUGUAUGCCAGAUUUUACGUUGGUUCUAAGCGUUGAGCUGCACGCAAAUUAAAUCAUUUGAGAUAUUAUUCAGGGUAGUACAUCUGAACUGUUAGUCAUGGUGGAGUGCAUUGGUGUAAGCCGUUUUUUGCUCUGUGUCAUUGGCAUCACAUUAUCAGCUUAUGCCCUUCAUGUCGAGUUCUCAAAGAUGCACAAUAAGGACUACAAAGCUCUUUGUGACAUCAGUGAGCACAUGAGCUGUUCAAAAGUGUUUACGUCAAAGUAUGGAACUGGUUUUGGCUUGGUUGAACCAGUUAUGGGUAAAGAUUCACCUCUCAAUGUGCCCAACAGUAUUUUUGGAAUCAUUUUUUACUCUUUGAUUGUUUUACUAGGUUUGUCCAAAAGCAAAGUUGCUGCCUGGAUUAAUUUCAUGUUUGCUGUCUCAUCCUGUGCAGGCUCAGUUUAUCUUGGUUAUAUUUUAUUCUUUAUCCUGCAUGACACAUGCCUUGUGUGUAUUUCAACGUAUGUUGUCAAUGCAUGUUUGUUGAUCAUAAACUUCAUAACCCUGAAUCGAGCAGUGGCGAGUGCAAGUGCCAGAAAGAAAAAAGAAUGAGACCACUACACUGUUUUGUAAAGAUUAUCAAUAAAGUUAAUUUUUUUAAUGAC